AUGGACAUCAAAAUCCAGCAAGAAGAUAACAGGGAAAGUGAAGAUGGUGAAAGUGCUUCUACUGAAAGUUAUGAUCUAAAUGAGGAAGUAGGUGAUGAAAGUAAGGAUUUCAUUGAGGAUGGAGAUAAAGAUAACAUUGAUGAUAGAGAUAAGGAUUUCAUUGAUGAUGAGGAUGAGGAUUUCAUUGAUGAUGAGGAUGAGGAUUUCAUUGAUGAUGAGGAUAAGGAUUUCAAUGAUGAUGAGGAUAAGGAUUUCAAUGAUGAUGAGGAUAAGGAUUUCAUUGAUGAUGAGGAUAAGGAUUUCAAUGAUGAUGAGGAUGAGGAUUUCAAUGAUGAUGAGGAUAAGGAUUUCAUUGAUGAUGAGGAUGAGGAUUUCAUUGAUGAUGAGGAUAAGGAUUUCAAUGAUGAUGAGGAUGAGGAUUUCAUUGAUGAUGAAGAUAAAGAUUACAUUGAUGAUGGAGAUGAGGAUUUCAUUGAUGAUGAGGAUGAGGAUUACAUUGAUGAUGAGGAUAAGGAUUUCAAUGAUGAUGAGGAUAAGGAUUUCAUUGAUGAUGAGGAGGCCUCUUCUGAGAAUGAAAAUGAGGAUUUUUCUGAUGAGGACAGUGAUUACAGUGAAGAAGACACUCAUGAUUAA